AUGCCUUACUCAGACAUACAUCACGCGGAUCCUAACCAUACCGCUCAACCCAACGCAGUUUUAAACGCACCUACCUUGGAUAAUGUUAACUCAUCCGCCACGUCUGAGAUUAGUAACUCAUCAGAGGAUGAUAGUGGAAUCGAGGAGAACCACGUUACAUCAAAAGGGGGAGUCCAGAAGGAUAAACCCAUUGAGGAGAAAACAGACGACACUAUCAGCAACCAAAAUGUAGCCACUACCUUAGCUAAAGUUAACAGUGAGAAUGCAGAUUUGAGAGCAACUGUUAACAGAUUAACAAUGUUAGUCGCUGACUUGACAGAAAAGUUACAUGACCUGUCAAACAAACCAAGAGUGGACGAUGGUCACAUUGGUGAUCAAGCCCAAUCGACCCCGUCCACCCAAAAGAAUCACCUUAGUGAAUCCUUCCUGUCUGCCCAUUCCUUUAAAGACAAAGAAACAACCAAUAUGUUAUUCCAACCUCUGGCUAUAUACGAUGGAGUUUCGUACGCCCAAGGGGGUGGACCAGUUGAAGUCAUGAUAAAAGGAUAUGAAGCAACGUGUCAGAAGAUAAACGACUACAGGAAGAGAUUCAUCGAUAAUGAAAGAAUUGAAGAUAUUCCUUACAUUAGAAGACCCGACCCCAACGUCGAGAAAGUAUUUAUUGCUCACUACAAUGAAUUGUCAACCAAACUUAUCAGAACACAUCAAGAUGAAUUAGCUAUAAAACGUUAUGAUGCCCAGAAAUUUCCUUCACCCACUUCUAAAGACUUUGAUGGAUUCUUCUUUUGGUUAAGGAAGUUGAUUUGGUAUAAACAUACUUAUUUUAUUCCUGAUUACUUACUCAGAGAAGAAGUUAUUGCUGUAGCACAACUGGUCAAAAAUGAAACAUUGUUGGACAUUGUCAAAGCUGCCACUAAAAGAAAAGGAAACGAACAGCAUAAACCAAUCAAGUACCAUCGUAUUCUAGAAGAGUGGGGAAAGAAAGCAUCAGAAGAGCAUUACGUUGAUAUCAUCGGAGAAGUAAACAGGGUCAUCAAACCAAAUGUGGACCCUAAAAGUGUGAUGAUCAUAGUUCAGACCGAAAUUGACAACUACUUGGAAAACAAUGAAAUUGGUGACUUACCCGCAUUGACUUGGAUUCGAUUAUUCAAAACCCUAUUCAAUAAACUCGGGGGAGUUAUGGACCAGAUAAUUACAUAUAUGAGCAGCAGAAUUAAAGUACAAAGAUACGACGACGAUGCCGAAAUAAAGGAAAUAUGGAUUAAUGGAGAAGAUGUCAGACAUUACCUUACCUCGAUCAAGGUAAAUAGUCACGACCAUUUAAUUGCCAUGGAAAUGAAUUUAUCAUAUGUGGAUAUCUGGGACGCUAUAAACACUACAUAUACGGCGAAGAUGACUUUGAUAAAUUCACGACAAAAUGAAUCCAAAUCACAAAACAAACAAAAAGAACCCUGCCUAGUCUGUGGACGAACAAAUCAUAAGACUGAGGUUUGCUUCCGAGCACAAAACGCUGCUAAACGAGGAAUGAUCAAAAUAAAGGAUGGACGAAUCUACACAGUUGACGAUAAUGAAUUGAAAGUUGGAGAGAAUGAAUUUAUGGUAAAGAAAUACCCAGACCUAUUCACUCAACAAGCGAGGCACCGUGAGGGCGGAAAUUAA